AUGCUAAUAACAUCAAAUUCGGCUAUAUUUGAUGCAAACCUAAUCAUUAAGGACAUAGAACUAACUGAUAUCUCUCAAGGGGAAGUGAGGGAUGACAAUUCGGAAUCACCCUCUACAAAAGGUAUAAAGGUUAUUGCUUUGUCAGAAGAAGAUAGGCAAAGAAUAUAUGAACCUUGGAAGUAUGCCAUCAUAGUGAAAUUAGUGGGCAAACGUAUGAUGCACCACUAUUUGCAAAAGAAAAUUCAAGAUCUUUGGAGACCAACGGAGGAUCUCCAAAUGAUUGAUUUGGGUGAAGAUUACUAUAUAAUCAAGUUCAAGAAAAGGGACAACAUGGAAAAGGCCGUUCAACAAGGCCCUUGGUUUAUCAAUGGACAUUUUCUCUCUAUUACUAAAUUGAAACCAAACUUUGUAGCCUCUAAAGAAAGGUUCACAACAAUGGCCUUCUGGAUUAGACUACCACAAUUGCCUACGGAAUUCUAUGAUGGAGAAAUACUACGAAAGAUUGGCAAUGCAAUUGGUCGAUUACUAAAGGUGGAUGUUUGUACAUCAACUACACUAAAGGGAAGAUAUGCAAGGCUAUGCAUUGAACUACCCUUAGAAAUACCAGUUCAACAAUUCCUAUACGUGGGAAAACACGAACAACAAAUCCACUAUGAGGGAGAGAACUUUCUAUGCACAAUCUGUAGUAGGUUGGGACACACAAAAAACCAAUGCUCUUUUGUCAAACUAAAUGCCACAACAUGCAAAGAGGGUACUGAAGCACCAGCAACUAACUCAACCAUGGAAAAAUAA